UUCAGAGUAGAGUGCUCUCUCUCUCGGUCUCGAUUUCUGAUUUCUCACUGUACGACCAUAUAAUCACAUAAAAGAGCAGACAAAUUAAUUGAUCUUCUUCAUCUGCUGUUCGAGAUUUUCGAAAGGAUGUCAUGUUUGGGUAGGAUUUUGUCGGUUUCCUACCCACCGGAUCCGUACGUUUCGCGCUUUUCAGUGUAUAAGCUGUCUUCACUACGGCGAAAUCGGAGAUUGAGAUGGCGAUUCUCGGCGUCGGACCCUGAAUUUUCUCCACCAGCUUCCUCUCUCGACUCAGAUUCUGCCGAUAGAUAUGCUGCCGGCUUUUGUAUCAUAGAAGGGCCUGAAACAGUACAAGACUUUGCCAAAAUGCAAUUACAAGAGAUUCAAGAUAACAUUCGAAGCCGACGAAACAAGAUCUUCUUGCACAUGGAAGAGGUAAGGAGGCUGAGAAUACAACAACGGAUUAGAAACACUGAACUUGGCAUCAUAAACGAGGAGGAAGAACACGAAUUACCCAAUUUCCCAUCCUUCAUCCCAUUCUUACCUCCAUUGACUGCUGCCAAUUUGAAAAUCUAUUAUGCUACUUGUUUUUCACUCAUCGCGGGCAUUAUUCUAUUUGGUGGCCUUCUUGCGCCUACGCUAGAGCUGAAGCUAGGUAUAGGAGGCACAUCAUAUGGAGAUUUCAUUCAAAGCCUUCAUCUACCUAUGCAAUUGAGUCAAGUAGACCCAAUAGUAGCGUCCUUCUCUGGAGGAGCUGUUGGUGUGAUUUCAGCAUUGAUGGUUGUUGAAGUUAACAACGUAAAGCAGCAGGAGCACAAGAGAUGCAAAUACUGUCUAGGAACUGGGUAUCUAGCAUGUGCUCGCUGCUCUAGCACAGGUGCUCUGGUUUUAACUGAACAAGUCUCAACCAUUGCUGGUGGGAAUCAUUCGCUAUCACCACCCAAAACCGAAAGAUGUUCAAAUUGCUCUGGUGCCGGAAAGGUGAUGUGCCCAACAUGUCUGUGCACAGGAAUGGCUAUGGCUAGCGAGCACGACCCUCGGAUUGAUCCCUUCGAUUGAAUCUGCAACACAGUUCACAAUCUAUUUCUGUCACUGUAACUAAAAAUGGUAUGUAUGAAUAAUUAGAACUGCAUCCUUUUGAUCUGUAUAUACAUACACAAGUGAAGUUUUAAUACAAUGUUAGAUUUGUAUUCUCUAAACAACAAAGCGACACUGGACCAGAGAAACCAAAAACUGUAAACUGGCAGGUUUUCUACGUCUU